AUGGACCACAUUGAAACUAAAUUCGAUGACCGAGACCCCGAGAUACAAUACUCCGGCAUAUGGAUCCCACGGAAUGGUACUAUACUCGACUACCUCAACACCACGACAUUUGCCACUUUCGCUGGGUCUAGCGUGUUAUUCAAUUUUUCUGGAACAAGCAUAAGUGUCUACGGCGAGAUAGUAUUCCUGGAAGGUAACGCGCCUGCCACCCUAUCGAACUACACCAUUGACUCUGGUGUGCCUUCUCAAUUCCUUGCCAUCCCGGAGGGAGAGGACAUGCAUCAGCAGCUGUUCUUCAGCGCCACAGGGCUGAGCUUGGGGCAGCAUACAUUGGUGAUUACCAACGAGCGGAACAACACCAUGCUGAUUCUCGAUUAUUUGGAAGUUGGGAGUGGUGAUGGGUCUAGCUACUCCUCUACGCCCAUUUCCUCGAGCGUAACAGUCUCAGCAACUCAGAACGUCACAAUUACGGCACUCCCUUCUUCGAGCUUCACGGCGACAGCAACAAUUACAACACUUCAUACAUCAUCUAAAGCAACUACAAGCCGCGUACAUCCGCCGAUAGGCGUUACAAUAGGUGGCGCGGUCGCCGGGUCCAUACUCAUAUCAUUCAUACUCCUCGCUUGCUUCUUCGUGCGCAGGAGUCGACAGCGGAAGAAAAACCUCCCUCUCUCGGACUCUCUCUCUCCACCACAACCAGAUAUGUCUCACGCACUCGCAGGACGUUCCAGUAUCGCUCCAUUCAUCAUUGGAGACCCGUUACGAUUGUUUAUGGGGCCGAGCUUGGGGAAGGGCACAACGCGUGGGAAUGCGCAUAGCGUCGAUAGAGAUCCUGGCAACUCGGUUCCAGAGGGGGUUGUGCGGCUUGGUACACAGGUUCCGUCCUCCGCUGGUGGGAGGGGUGAAAGUCACAGUGACUUACCGCCCAGGUAUACCGCCUUGUCGGUGUGA